UUUUUAAACCAACGAUAUCAUAUCCAAAGUAUCUACCCGAUGAUUAACUCGCCCAACACUUUCCGUCAUGGUGUAAAAUUAUUCUAACGGCAUUCCUGGGCACCCCAUUGUCGAAAAUAAACCCUCUCCAUCAAAGCUAAUAUUGUUCUAUUUUAUUCAUUAACUUUUUUGUAUCAACCAAAAAUAUCCCACCCAGGGUAUAAAUAUUUCCCCACGAUACGCGAUGAACCCAUUCUAAACUUUUCGCCAUGACGUUGAUUUUUCAUUAGUCGAACCGCGUUCUUGGUUAUCCCUUUCUGUAAAGUUCUAUUCUCUCGCCGACGGUCGCGUUUCGCUAGCUUCUAUCUAUCAAAACUAAACUCGUGCAAUCAAAAAACGAAUCGCCUUAUUUCAUUUAUUCAGCAUUUAUCAAACCUUAACUUCUAUAUAUAAUCCAAGUAUUUUUGCUGUUAACGUAAUCAUUCAAUAUUAUUUCAUUGCCAGGAUAUAUUUCAAUGCUUACUCCCACUGACUUGGAUCCUUCAAAGCGUGUCCACCACCUUACUCGCAUUUUUGCUAUUUUGAGUUGGUUUUUCGAAAAUGAUAAUGGAUGUGCCACAUACUUCUUCGAGAGCAAAAAUUGAGAAUAUUCAUUCUUUUUGUAAAUCCUUUGGUUAUGACACAAAUGAUAUCAUCCAAAAUAUCAUUGCAAAUAUUAGUGAACUAACUGACAAAGAUAUUGUUCUCAUCGAUGCACUAUGGAACUCAAGAGAUGGAUUCCAGAAAAAAAGUGGAAAAUGCUCCAUAAUUGAAGCUAUAAGGGUGUUAGGAUGUGUUUCAUCUGCAAAUAUCAUUUAUUCAAGGGCUGGUUUAACGCCAAAAGUUAUGUUUUUGGUGUUUUACUUUUUCAAGGUCAUGUUUCGCAUCGUUGAUCUGAAAGAAUUACUGGAUCCAAAAUGUACAUUAGGAAAUUUCACUGUCCAUGAAUUUUCCGGAUUGGCCGAAAAAAUUACAAAAACUGAAAUCUUAAUUGAUGCGGUAGAAAUAAAAGAAAACGUCGAUGAACCUUCAUUGCACAGUUUAAUUUCAAAUUUUGACAUACACAUUGGAGUAGACCAAAUAGGGAAUCUAAAAAGUCGCAUCACAAGCAUGAUCCCUAGAGGAGAGGAUAUGAAAACAUGUCUCCAUCUGUUGACAUUGUUUAUUAGAUUAUCCACCUUACGACAUGCUCUCUUAUUCAGAUUGAAAACUUGUGUUGAGGCAAAUAACUAUAGUCCAAGCACAAGUGGUACAUUGAAAACAUAUAUCGAAAAAGAGAGAGCAGAUAACAAAGAAUUUUUGAGAUUGUUUUCACUCCCAAGUCUUGAAGACAUCUACGUUUUAGCAGUAUUUGACCCAGCCGAACAUACGGAACUCACAACAUAUCUCGAGGAAAUGCGUCUUCCACUACAAAAUUUACAAAAGGUGUUAGAUGGAAAAAAUUUUCUUAUCCAGCCAUUUAAGAAUACGUCAAUCCUACUUGGAAGAAACUUCCCGUCUUUUGGGGCCGCAAGAGCCAUGAAAAGUUCAACAGAUGUUGAUAAUGUUCGAAUCCAAUUUGAAUUCGAGGCUGUUAAAGAAUCCUUCAAUCUUUUUUACAUUAAGUCCCCAGAUCUAAAAGAAUACCUCUACAUGACUAGCAAACUUUAUUGUGAUUAUUCUAAAAGAUACAAAGAUCAAACUGGUGCCCAGUGGCGGAUAAUUCAAGUAAAGGAUGAAAAGGGAAGGGAAGAUGACCCAUCUUUGUUUGUUUUAUGUACAAGAAAACGACCUUGUAAUUUUCUGUACAUUGAGAACGCCUGGCUAGUUGAUUUUGGAAGGGGUUUAGAGGACAGCAGUAAACCACCUGGGACAGAGUGUUUAUUCCAAUUGAUGUCUCCUGGAAACCCUCCUAUUAGCAUUCCUUUCCCAAGUCCUAGACAUUAAACAGAAUCUUUAAAAGGAGGAUGCUGAAAAGAUUUCAGGAUAUGAAAAAAAUCUACUACAUCAAUUUAACUAUUCCCUUGUGAAUGAUGUCUAGUUGCGUGACUGUAUUCUUCAUUAAGAUAUAUCUAAUUGAACAUCCAGACUUGUUUUAAGGCUCUUUUAGCGGUCUAGCAAAUUAGCAGAAUUGGAUUUAUUGAAGUGUCGAUAAUCGUUUCCCCAUUUUUAUUUUUAAAUUAUUUUUUUAAAUCAUUUAUUAACUAUUUAUUAGCUGUCAGAACAUAUGUCAAAACUCAAAGACAUGUACACAAAAUUAACCAUAAAGUGUAAAUACUUUGAUUCGUGCUAUUAGCAAUUCAAUGAAUUUGUAGAACAUAGUAGUUCGUAAGUGGAUGACUGUACUCCUUUUUUUCGCUAACGUAUUUCAAAUAUGAUUUUUAGCAACUUAUAGAUUCAAUUUUACCCCUUUGCAAUGCUCAUUAGACUGCACUACUGCCUAAAAUUCAUUGUUUUCAGUUUUACAAUGGCUUUUUUUUUGUUAUACAUGUACAUUAUGUACUUGUUGUUGUUUUUUGUGUUUUUUUAAGAUAAUAUUUUUGAAAACUACAAACUGAUUUCAUAUGUAAAUAUAUGCAUACUAGUGUCUGUACAAUGCUCUGAGAAAUUGUGUGUGCGUAGGAUUUCGAACAGAAAACUCAAUUCUAUAUUAACCUUCGAUUUACUUGUACAGGGAAGUUGUAAAGCAGAAAUCUAGAUUCUUUACAGCAAACUUAUUUACCUUUGAAACUACUUUAAAAUAAACAAAACUUUGAAAACCAACCAUCUCUUGA